AUGGCGGAUGCUGUGCUGUUCGAGUUCCUGCACACGGAGAUGGUCGCGGAGCUGUGGGCUCAAGGCCCCGACCCCGGCCCGGGGGUGAGCGCCGGGCCCCGGCGGGUAGGGGGAGGAAGCGAAGGUCGCGACGAGAAGGGACGGAAGAUGAACCUGUCGGUCCUAGAGGGCAUGGGCUUCCGUGUGGGCCAGGCUCUGGGCGAGAGGCUGCCCCAGGAGACGCUGGCCUUCAGGGAGGAGCUGGAUGUCCUCAGGUUCCUGUGCAGAGACCUGUGGGUGGCCGUGUUCCAGAAGCAGAUGGAUGGCCAGCGCACCCAUCACCAGGGGACCUACGUCCUGCAGGACAGCAGCUUCCCCCUCCUCGUCCCGAUGGCCUCGGGCCUGCAGUAUCUGGAGGAGGCACCCAAGUUCCUGGCCUUCACCUGCGGCCUCCUGCGAGGCACCCUCAGUACCCUGGGCAUCGAGAGCUCCGUCACCGCCUCCACGGCAGCCCUGCCCACUUGUAAGUUCCAGGUGGUGAUCCAGCAGCCUUGAGGACCCCCGGUCAACCCUCACCCCCCACAGGAGACAGCACACACCGUGAUCGGGGACCCCAGGCCACUGCCUUUGGGGGUGGUCUUGGGGUUGGUGCUGUGGAUCCUAGGCUCGGAAUCACACGUGCUCAGGAAGUGGGUGUCAGAGGGAGGUGGGGGCAUCAGGGGAAGCAAAGGGGUCCCAGCCACCGUGGGACUGGUGUGGAGGGUUUCCGCCUCAACAUGUCCCUCCCUGGCAGACGCUCAAUAAAAGUUCUUUGUGUGGAAUAGAU